AUGAUGUUUACUGGGAACUUGGCUUGUAAAGAGAUUGUCCUCAAUCAGCUGUUCUCUGCAUCUCGUCUGUUUCACUUUAAUAAAUUGUUUAGCAAGUCAUCUUCGUCAAUUGAACAUAUUUUAAAGUCUAUCGAUAAGAGUGAAUAUGUAAGAUAUAAAUUUCCAAAAUGCAUAAACAAUUUAGUUGACAUUAAACAACAACAAUUUGAUUCUUCAUUUACCAUUGUACCAGACAUUGUGUCCGUUGAUGAAGAGUCACGACUGAUUGAUGAAAUAGAAAAAUCAUUGAAACGCCUACGUUAUCAACAUGAUCAUUGGGAUGAUGCCAUACAUGGAUACAGGGAAACAGAAAUCAUCAAAUGGAAAGAUCAAAACAAUUCAAAUGUGAUACAAAAGCUCAGAAAUAGAGUAUUUGCUGAAUCAGUCACAGAACAAAUGCAGAGAGUUCAUGUACUUGAUUUAUGCGACAAAGGUUAUGUCAAACCACAUAUAGAUAGUAUACGAUUCUGUGGAAAUAUAAUUGCUGGCUUGAGCUUACUGUCCGACUCUGUCAUGCGUUUAGCUGAUGAAAAACAUCCAGACACCUAUGUUGUGUAUGCUCUAUUACCUCGCCGAUCAUUAUAUAUUAUGAAGGAUUCAGCUCGAUACCAAUACACACAUGAAAUAUUAAGUGAUGGUGCAGCGUCUGUGUUCAAUGAUAGACAGAUUGUACGGGAACGAAGAGUAUCAAUAGUAAUGAGAAAUGAGCCACCGGUUGAAGCUGUGAAAUAA